UCCAUAUUCGUCGCUGAGAUCGACACACGGUUCGAGCGAAAAGUGAUAAUAGCCUUAAUAAUUGGUUUUAUCAUUAUCUGAGUAAAAUAAAAAUUUGUUAAUAUUUUCAAUUACAUAUUAUAUGAAGUAAUAUUUUUCAUGACUAUAAUAAGAAGACUUAAAUCUCGUUUAUGCUUCAUUAAUAAUUAAUUGCAAAUACGAUUUGGGAGUGCAUCAUAAAUUAGUGUUGACAUUUACUCCCCUUUGGACAAGUCUUGUUUUUUAGUCAUUUAUUUUUCUUUUCUUUUUCUUUGGUUUUUCGAACGAAAAGUUUUUUUUUAUUGUUGUACUUCAUUAACUUUGUGAUAUUAAAAGUAUAUUAUUUAUACAGUAAAUUAAAUAUUGUAGCCAUUAAUUCCCAGAAACAGAAAGUUUAUCGUAAUCGGAUUACGUUCAUUAUACACCGUUGUAUCACCAAUAUCGCUGAUAUAACUAGUGAUAACCUCAAGGCACUUGUCCACAAAGAAGAUCGAAUCUUCUAUCAUAGAAACCGCCCUUGGUUAAAUGAUUAUAGAUUUUUAUGAAUUUUAAUGUUAUAUUUGAUAUACUAAUAAAUAUUGGGAAAUGAUGUCAGAACGAGAUUAUGCACCAUUAAGUGCAGCGUGUGUUCGUUCGUUAAAUGACAAAAUUUAUGAAAAACGAAAAGCAGCUGCUUUGGAAAUAGAAAAAAUGGUCAAGGAAUUUGCUACUCACAAUAACACCGUUCAAAUUAAAAGAUUAUUAAAAGUGCUUGGUCAAGAUUUUGCAACUUCGCAAAAUCCGCAUACAAGAAAAGGGGGUUUAAUUGGUCUAGCAGCUAUAGCUGUUGGUUUAGGAAAAGAUACUGGGCAAUAUAUUGAAGAUUUAAUACAUCCAAUAAUAGCAUGUUUUUCUGAUUCUGAUUUAAGAGUUAGGUAUUACGCUUGUGAGAGCCUUUAUAAUGUAGUUAAAGUAGCUAGGGGUGCUGUAUUACCUCAGUUCACAGAUAUUUUUGCAGCUUUAAGUAAAUUAGCAUGCGAUUCGGAACAAAAUAUAAAAACUGCUACAGAAUUACUUGAUAGGCUUAUGAAGGAUAUUGUAACAGAAAGUGGUCUGUUUGAUUUAGUUGGUUUUAUGCCACAGUUAAGAGAACGUAUUUAUACUAAAAAUACGUUUGGUAGACAAUUUGUUAUAGCAUGGGUAUCUGUCUUAGAUGCUGUACCCAAUAUGGAUUUUAUUACAUUUUUACCUGAAAUACUUGAUGGAUUAUUUAGAAUUUUAGAGGAUCCGACACCAGAAAUUAAAAGGACAACAGAUAUAGUUCUUGGUGAAUUUUUGCGUAGUAUAAAAUCGAAUCCAGCAGGAGUAGACUUCUCAGGAAUGAUUAAUAUUUUAAUUACUCAUGCUCAAAGUACUGAUGAACUACUGCAGUUAACAGCAAUAACUUGGAUUAAAGAAUUUGUACAACUUUCUGGUCCAGUUAUGUUACCAUACAUGUCUGGAAUACUUGUUGCAGUAUUACCAUGCUUAGCAUAUGAUGGAGAUACAAGAAAAAAUAUUAAAGAAACUGCAACUCAAGUUAAUGCAAAUUUAAUGAAAUUAAUAAUAAUGGAAAAUUCAGAUGUUUCAAAUAAAGUUUUGAUAAAUGAAAGUAAUAUUAAUUCUACUAAGGAGGCAAAAGAUAGUAGUCAAAGUUGUUCUUUGGCUGAAAGUCUAGAUCUGUCUAGUUUGGUAGAAGUGCUCAUCAAACAUUUAAUGUAUAUGUCUGUCCAAACUAAAGUUGCUGUUUUAAAAUGGCUUCAUCAUUUGUUUACAAAUAUUCCACAUAAAAUGUUUGAUCACAUAGAAGUAUUAUUUCCAAUUUUAAUGAGAUCUUUAAGUGAUAAUUCAGAUGAUGUAGUACAACAAACUUUAGUUGUAAUGGCCGAAAUAAUUAGUUCAAAAUCUCCAGAAGCAAUUACAGUCGAUUAUCGUAAUGAAGUGCAAAAUAAAUAUUUUACAAAGUUUAUUGUAAAUUUAUUAAGACUAUUUUCAACUGAUAGACAUUUAUUAGAAGAAAGAGGUGCUUUCAUCAUAAGAGAAUUGUGUGUAUUACUUAGUGCUGAAGAUAUAUACAAAACAUUAGCAAAAAUAUUAUUAUAUGAAGAGAAUUUAAGUUUUGCAUGUACUAUGAUACAAACUUUAAAUAUCAUUUUGCUAACAAGUUCUGAAUUAUUUGAUUUAAGAAAUAAAUUAAAGGAUUUGGAUUCUUCAGAAAGUUGCGAUUUAUUCCAAUGUCUUUAUGAAUCUUGGUGUCAUAAUCCAGUUGCAACUGUAGCUUUAUGUCUUCUAUCACAACUUUAUCCACAUGCACUUAACAUUAUCAAAUCAUUUGAAAAUAUCGAAGUUACUGUUGAAUUUUUGACAGAAAUAGACAAAUUAGUACAACUUAUUGAAUCACCUAUAUUUACAUAUUUGCGUUUGCAGCUACUAAAUAGAGAGGACAAUAUUGAUUUAAUUUAUGUAUUAUAUGGUUUGCUAAUGAUACUUCCUCAAAGUGAAGCAUAUGCAACUUUACAGCGACGACUGUCUGCAAUUCCUCCAGCAACAAAACCAUUGAGUCUUAAAAACAGUAAAGCAUCCAAUAAGCAACAAUUGAACUUUAUUGAGCUACUAUAUCAUUUUCAUGCUGUCCAAGAUAAACACAAAGAACAUAAACAUAAACAAAGAUUAACUUCACUAGUUGAAAGAAAUACGAAUCAAGUUGAUGUAUAAAAUUAUAAUUAGAAUGAUAGAAUGUAGAAUACAUUUAAUUGUUAAUUUUUAAUGUGUAUAUAAAUCUCUAUUAAUUUUUUUAUUGAACAUAUGUAUUGAUGUAAAAAAAUCACUUUUUAGAUUCACUUCAAUUGUAUUAUUAUAUUAUAUAUUAUUAUAUAUACUAAUUUUAAUUAAUUUAAGUUGAAAAUAAAUAAUUCAUAUAUAAAAUGUA